UCUUCUGAUACUUUGAGCCAACAGUGGUAUCAGAGCCUUUGCACUCUAACGAGUCUCCUCUGUCUUACCAAUGGCCAAAACCUUUGGAAUCAGCGACAGCACCUCCUCUUCUGGUGCGAACUCUCCAACCCAUGAUUCUAAUACUAGCAACCCGAACGCCGCAGCCAUUGCCCUCAACCAUGCUACUCGAGGACCUAUAUCCUUUAACUCCGCUGCGUUUCCUCUUAAGCUAACCCCCACCAAUUAUCCCUCCUGGAAGAUGCAAUUCACAUGUCUUAUUGCAGGUUAUGAUUUACUUGGUUUUCUGGAUGGAACAAAUCCAUGUCCUGUGGCUACGGAACCGACCUAUGCUCUCUGGGCUCGGCAAGAUCAACUCUUACGCCAUGCACUCAUUACCUCAGUUUCAGAGAACAUCACACCCUACAUUGCUGCAGCACCCACUGCUCAACAUGCUUGGGAAACGCUAGCCAACCUCUAUGCAAACCGAUCACGUGCUCGAGUGCUCACACUGAAGGAGCGACUUCACAACAUGCGUCGUGAGGGCAGAUCUGUCUCUGAAUAUCUCCGCACUCUGAAAGCGGUGGCAGACGAAUUAGGUACGAUUGAUCGACCCCUUUCUGAUGAUGAUCUAACAAUAUAUAUCUUGAAUGGCCUAGGUCCAGAAUUUCGAGAGAUUGCGGCAUCUCUUCGAACACGUGACACCUCCCUGUCAUUUGAUGAUCUCCAUGAUCGGUUGGUGGCUCAUGAAGAAAGUCUCCGCUGGGAAGAUACCAAACUGGCAUCUACUCCUUUCACUGCUCACUUUGCUCGAGCAGCCACAACACCCUCUUCCUUCGUCGGGACCUUUGCUGGACUGUUGCCCACACCUCACAAUGGCCAUUUUGCCCACAAUUGUCCAUUUUACCGGGUUCAACAACACCCUCCGCAUGCCAAUUUUGCAUCCUCUCCCAACAUUGCUUCUGAGGAUUGGCUACUUGACUCUGGUGCGACUCACCAUGUGACCACGGACCUUGCUAAUCUCGCCUUGCACUCUGAAUAUCUUGGCCCUGAUGAACUUCAAAUUGGGGAUGGAACAGGUUUGAAAAUCACACAUCCCGUUCCCAUUGACAUUGCUUGCCAUCGCCCGGCUGUUGAUCGCUCAUUGUUGCCUCUUUGUGCUGCGGUUCCCCAUCAUGCCGUUCCUCACUCACCUGCCUCUUUGUUGGCUCUUACCUCCACCCCUCGGUCUCCUACUCAAAGACCCUGUCCAACCUCAACCCACACAGUCACCCCCACCAUAGCUGAAUUGGAUUCCUCUCCUCCCCUAUCCUCCACCCACGCCACUUCUGAUGCCAUCCCACUACCACCGCCUCCCCCACCUAUGCGCACUCAUCCCAUGGUCCCCCGUUCUCAAAACCACAUCUGUAAACCAAAAUCCUUACAUCAUGCAACCAUGGCCUCCCCACUCCCUUCACCUGAACCCACCUGUGUGUCUCAAGCACUCAAAGAUUUCCAUUGGAGAUGGGCCAUGUCUGAGGAGUUCAAUGCAUUGAUUCGUCAAGGGACGUGGGAACUGGUACCCUCUCACCCGAAUCAACAUGUUCUUGGCUGCAAGGGGUCUGUUGUGGUCUUUUUUCUCGUCUAUGUGGAUGAUAUCAUCGUUACCGGCAAUAACCUUUCUUUCAUUACCUCUUUAAUCCGGACUAUGGGACAUCGUUUUUCUCUCAAAGAGCCUAGCGACCUCAGUUACUUUCUUGGCAUUGAGGCUGUGUCUGUUAAUGGCUGUCUCCUUCUUUCACAGCAUCGCUAUAUCCAGGACUUAUUACAGAAGUCGGGUAUGACUGAGGCUAAACCUGUGGCUACUCCGCUGGCUUCCACUUCCAACUUGCUUCUCAACACCGGCGUUCCUCUUCCAGAUGGCUUAGAAUACAGGAAGCUUGUUGGUUCUCUUCAGUAUCUUGCUUUCACACGACCUGACAUUUCAUUUGCUGUUAGUCGUCUCUCACAGUUCAUGCACAAACCCACUGAUGUUCACUGGCAGGCUCUUAAGCGAGUUUUACGCUAUCUUCGUGGCACUACCUCUCAUGGAAUUCUUCUCCGGCCACAGCAGUCCCUCUCCAUUCACGCCUUUUCUGAUGCAGACUGGGCUGGGGACCGUGACACUUGUCUCUCCACAACCGGAUACAUUGUGUUCCUUGGUGGGAAUCCCAUUUUGUGGAGAGCGGCCAAACAGCGUGCCGUCGCUCGUAGCUCCACCGAAGCAGAGUACAGAGCCUUAGCUGCGUCUUCAUCUGAGCUUGUCUGGGUUACUCAUCUACUGAAUGAACUUGGCAUUCCUAUCACCGAUCCUCCUGCACUCUAUUGUGACAAUGUGAGUGCCACUUAUUUAAGUAGCAAUCCAGUUCUGCAUUCCCGGAUGAAGCACAUUGCAGUCGAUCUUCAUUUUGUGCGUGACUUGGUUGACAAAAAGGUUCUGCGCGUCUCCCACAUUGCUUCCACCGACCAACUUGCUGAUGGGUUCACUAAGCCCCUUCACUCUACCAGAUUUACCUGUUUGCGGGACAAGAUUAGAGUUGCUGAUGGCACCUCCAUCUUGCGGGGGCGUGUUAAGGAAACCAAAUCUGCAUUAUAGCAUAUUUACAUUCAGUUAAAACUCACAUUCAUU